UCCCAUUGCCAACACUUGGGAGGCUGUGAGGAAGAGGAAGAUGCCCUGGGACAUUGAGCCAGAGCAGGAGCUGAGCAUGGAGAGCAGGGAGGACAAAUGCCCGCGGCAGAACCUGGUGGAAGAGGCCGUUUUGAGCGGCUCCACGGCGCAGGAAGCCAACGGGGAGGAAAAGGCCCGGAGAUGCCGCACGAGGAGGGGCUGCAAACGCAGCUGGCGGGGAUGUGAGGGGGAAAGAGCCAGCCUGGGCCGGGAAGGCGGCCGGAGAUGGAGCCAGAGCUCGGAGCUGGUGCUCCAUGAGCAGCUCCAUGAUGGGGAGAAGCCCCACACGUGCGGGGAGUGUGGGAAGAGCUUCAGGUGCAACUCCCACCUGAUCCAGCACAAUAGGACCCACACUGGGGAACGGCCCUACGAAUGUGAUCAAUGCAGGAAGAGGUUUCAGACCAGCUCCCAUCUCCUCGUGCACCAGCGCACGCACACAGAGGAGAGGCCCUUCCGCUGCCCCGACUGCGGGCAGCGCUUCAGGCGCAACGACCAUCUUGUCACACACCAACGCAUCCACACUGGGGAGAGGCCCCACGAGUGUGAGGAAUGUGGGAAGAGCUUCAGCCAGAGCUCCAGCCUGAUCCUGCACCAGAGGUCCCACACUGGGGAACGGCCCUACGAGUGUGGGGAGUGUGGGAAAAGCUUCAGCCAGAGCUCCACUCUCAUCAGCCACCAGAGGACCCACACAGGGGAGAGGCCCUACGAGUGUGAUAAAUGCAGGAAGAGGUUUCACACCAGCUCCCAUCUCCUCCGGCACUGUCGGAUUCACACAGAGGAGAGGCCCUUCCGCUGCCCCGACUGCGGGAAGGGAUUCCAGCGCAACUCCCACCUCAUCACCCACCGGCGCAUCCACACUGGGGAGAGGCCCUACGAGUGUCCCCAGUGUGGGAAGAGCUUCUCCACCAGCUCAGCCUUGACCCGACACCAACAGAGGCACCACUAAGGGAAGCCCUGCAAGUGCCCCAAGUGUGGGAAGAGCUUCGUGCGCUGCUCCAGCUCCAUCCCCCACUGGAGGAGGCACUUUGGAGAAGCCCCACACGUGCGUGGGGAGUGUGGGAAGAGCUUCAGGUGGAACUCCGACCUAAUCAGGCACCAGAGGAUCCACACUGGGGAGCGGCCCUACGACUGUGGGGAGUGUGGGAAGAGCUUCAGCCAGAGCUCCCAGCUGAUUGUGCACCAGAGGAUCCACACUGGGGAAAAGCCCUUCAAGUGUGGGGAGUGUGGGAUGCGCUUCAGCCAGAGCUCCAACCUUAACACGCACCAGAGGACCCACACUGGGGAGAAGCCCUACGAGUGCGGGGAGUGUGGACAGAGUUUCAGCCGGAGCUCCAGCCUGAUCACGCACCAGAUGACCCACACUGGAGAGAGGCCCUACGAGUGUUCCGAGUGUGGGAAGGGGUUUCUGACCAGCUCCCAUCUUCUCCAGCACCAUCAGAGUCACACAGAGGAGAGGCCCUUCCAGUGCCCCGACUGUGAGAAGGGAUUCCAGCACAAAUCCCAACUCAUCACCCACCAGCGUGCCCACAGAGGGGAGAGGCCCUACGAGUGUGAUAAAUGCAGGAAGAGGUUUCUGACCAGCUCCGAUCUCCUCCGGCACUAUCGCAUUCACACCGAGGAGAGGCCCUUCCGCUGCCCCGACUGCGGGAGGGGAUUCAAGCACAACUCCACCCUCGUCAGGCACCAACGCAUCCACACUGGGGAGAGGCCCUACGAGUCUCCCCAGUGUGGGAAGAGCUUCUCCAGCAGCUCUAACUUGACCCAACACCAACGGAGGCACCACUAA